AAAAAAAAAAGAAAAAAAAAAAACACGCGGGCGAUUUAGCCUUGUCGUUGGCUUCCGGUCACGCCCAGGCGUAUAGGGAAAACUCUACGGCAUCAGCUACUGCUAACACGUCCUGUAGAUCCCGAAACUAAGCGGUACGCCAAUGCAAGGAGGAUCAUCAGGCAUUGGAUAUGGUCUGAAAUACCAGGCUCGAUGCAUUUCGGAUGUGAAAGCAGACACAGAUCACACCAGCUUCAUCACUGGCACUCAAAGUCUCAAAGAAGAAAACGAGGUGCAUUUGAUUCGGCUUUCAUCAGGUGGAACCGAGCUCAUAUGCGAGGGUUUGUUCGCGCACGCGAACGAGAUCUGGGACAUCGCUUCCUGUCCCUUCGAUCAGCGGAUCUUCUCCACUGUCUACUCUACUGGUGAAUCGUAUGGCGCAGCAAUAUGGCAGAUCCCUGAGUUAUAUGGCGAGCUAAAUUCCCCUCAGUUGGAGCGGAUUACCUCACUUGAUGCACAUGUUGGUAAGAUUAAGUGCGUUCUUUGGUGGCCCUCUGGAAGGCAUGAUAAGCUGAUCAGCAUUGAUGAGGAAACUCUUUUCUUGUGGAGCUUUGAUUGUUCAAAAAAAGUAGCCCAGGUACAAUCACAAGAGUCUGUUGGUAUGCUGCAUAAGUUAUCUGGAGGAGCAUGGGAUCCACAUGAUGUGAAUGCUGUUGCAGUCACUUGUGACUCUGCUACCCAAUUUUGGGAUCUACGGACAAUGAAGAAGACAAAUUCAAUUGAGCGUGCCCAUGUCCGCAAUGUUGAUUACAACCCGAAGAAGAAGCAUAUAUUUGUCACUGCAGAAGAGGAAUCUGGGAUUUGCAUAUGGGAUCUUAGAAAGCCAGAGGUUCCCAUCCAAGAACUUCCGGGACAUACACACUGGACAUGGGCUGUCAAGUGUAACCCUGAGUACGACAGGCUGAUUUUGAGUGCUGGUACAGACUCAACUGUCAACUUGUGGUUGGCUUCUCCAUCUGGCAGUGAUGAGUUUACAUCUGAAAGCCUGGUUGAUUCACCAACUCGGCGGGUGGAUCCAUUACUUCAUUCAUACAGUGACUACGAAGACAGUGUUUAUGGCCUUGCUUGGAGCACCCGUGAACCUUGGAUCUUUGCAUCGUUAUCCUAUGAUGGGAGGGUAGUUGUAGAAGCAGUUAAGCCUUUUCUCUCAAAAAAAUGAAGCUCGACAUACAUUGCCGGUUGCUACAACUGGGCUACACGGUGCUCCCUUUAUGUUCACAGACAGACGCCAGAAGGGAGCAGAACCUAAUUUUGGAUUUGGGUGUUUUUGUACUGAUCAAUGUUAUGCAGCUACUGGCGAUCACUGCAUAAAUAGAAGUGUCCCCUUGGCAACGCAGUAUUGUGAAAGAUGACUCCAUUGCAUACAUCCUUUUUAUACAUAUCUCAAGGCAGAUUUCAUCAUCAUCAUCUGCUCUCAUGGAAUUUCCAUGUUUAUUUCAUGCAUCUUUUGUAUAUUUCUUGCGUUCGAUGAAAACAACUACUGCAUGGUAAUUAUUCUUAGGCGUGCCUCUUUUGAGAUGA